AUGCACAGGGUCGUCUACUCCCUUAUAAUCAUUAAUAAGGCCGGAGGUCUAGUCUACAACCGCGACUUCAACAACGCUCUCAAUAAGGUCUCCGUCAACGACCUACUAGUACUUGCAGGCACCUUUCACGGCGUCCACGCAAUUACCAAAUCUCUCACGCCUUCUUCCCUCGGCAUUCCAUCCAGCCAGCGAACAGGCAUUGAAGUCCUCGAAUCCUCCCACUUCCGCCUGACUUCCUUCCAGACAUUUACGGGCACGAAGUUUCUCUUGUUCACAGAACCACACCAGCCAAACGUUGAUGUCAUCAUAAGGAAGGUGUACGAAUUGUAUGCGGAUUAUGUGACGAAGAAUCCUUUCUAUCAAUUGGAGAUGCCGAUCAGGUGUGAGGCGUUUGAUCGGCAUUUGUUGACAUACAUGAGAGCGAGAUGA